GUCCGGGCAGCGCGGAGGAAGCGGUCGGAGCCGGAGAACAGAACCACGAUCGGUUGGCCUCCCCUGCUCUAGGCAAUCCCCUAGAUCUGGAUAUAGUGAAGCAUUUGGAGACGCACUGCAAACCAGGGGCCAAAAUGACAGACUCCAAGUACUUCACCACCACAAAGAAAGGGGAGAUCUUUGAGUUGAAGGCAGAGUUGAACAGCGACAAGAAGGAGAAGAAGAAAGAGGCGGUGAAGAAGGUGAUCGCAUCCAUGACCGUUGGCAAAGAUGUCAGUGCGCUCUUCCCAGAUGUGGUGAACUGUAUGCAGACCGAUAACCUAGAGCUGAAGAAGCUGGUCUACCUGUACCUGAUGAAUUAUGCCAAGAGCCAGCCAGACAUGGCCAUUAUGGCUGUCAACACCUUCGUAAAGGACUGUGAGGAUCCCAACCCUCUGAUCCGGGCUCUGGCUGUGCGGACAAUGGGCUGCAUCCGGGUGGAUAAGAUAACAGAGUAUCUCUGUGAGCCCCUGAGGAAGUGUCUGAAGGACGAGGACCCUUACGUGCGUAAGACAGCAGCAGUCUGCGUGGCAAAGCUUCACGACAUCAAUGCCCAGCUUGUGGAGGACCAAGGUUUCCUGGACACAUUGAAGGACCUCAUCUCGGAUUCCAACCCUAUGGUGGUGGCUAAUGCGGUAGCAGCCCUUUCGGAAAUAGCAGAGUCUCACCCAAGCAGUAACCUGCUGGACCUGAACCCCCAGUCUAUUAACAAGCUGCUGACGGCCCUGAAUGAGUGCACGGAGUGGGGCCAGAUCUUCAUCCUGGACUGUCUGGCUAACUACAUGCCCAAGGAUGACCGGGAAGCCCAGAGCAUCUGUGAACGGGUGACGCCCCGGCUGUCCCAUGCCAACUCUGCCGUGGUCCUAUCAGCAGUGAAAGUGCUGAUGAAGUUCAUGGAGAUGCUGUCGAAGGACCUGGAUUAUUAUGGCACCCUGCUGAAGAAAUUGGCUCCUCCUCUGGUCACACUGCUCUCGGCAGAGCCUGAGCUGCAGUAUGUGGCUCUCCGCAACAUCAACCUCAUCGUGCAGAAGAGGCCUGAAAUCCUGAAGCAUGAGAUGAAAGUGUUUUUUGUGAAGUACAAUGACCCCAUCUACGUUAAACUGGAGAAACUGGACAUCAUGAUCCGCCUGGCUUCCCAGGCCAACAUUGCUCAGGUGCUUGCUGAACUGAAGGAGUAUGCGACAGAAGUGGAUGUGGACUUUGUGAGGAAGGCAGUCCGAGCCAUUGGCCGCUGUGCCAUCAAGGUUGAGCAAUCAGCAGAGCGCUGCGUCAGCACGCUGCUCGACCUCAUCCAGACCAAAGUCAACUAUGUGGUGCAAGAAGCCAUUGUGGUCAUUAAGGACAUCUUCCGCAAGUACCCCAACAAGUACGAGAGCGUGAUUGCCACCCUGUGUGAGAAUCUGGACUCUCUUGACGAGCCUGAGGCCCGGGCUGCCAUGAUUUGGAUUGUGGGAGAAUACGCGGAGCGAAUUGACAACGCGGAUGAGCUGCUGGAGAGCUUUCUGGAGGGCUUCCAUGAUGAGAGCACCCAGGUCCAGCUGCAGCUGCUGACCGCCAUUGUGAAGCUCUUCCUAAAGAAGCCCACUGAGACCCAGGAGCUGGUGCAGCAGGUGCUGAGCCUGGCUACUCAGGACUCUGAUAAUCCGGACCUGCGGGACCGUGGCUACAUCUACUGGCGUCUGCUCUCCACUGAUCCUGUAGCUGCCAAGGAAGUGGUGCUUGCGGAGAAGCCCCUCAUCUCCGAGGAGACGGACCUGAUUGAGCCGACCCUGCUGGACGAGCUGAUCUGUUACAUUGGCACGCUGGCCUCUGUCUAUCAUAAGCCUCCCAGUGCCUUCGUGGAGGGGAGCAGAGGCAUUGUGCAUAAGAGCCUGCCUCCGCGGACAGGGUCGAGCGAAAGUGCAGAGAGCCCUGACGCAGCCCCAUCAGGAGCCCCACCUUCAGAGCAACCAGCCGUCAUCCCAACUCAGGGUGACCUCCUUGGUGACCUCCUGAACCUUGACCUGGGCCCCCCAGUGAGCGGACCUCCUGUUGCUACAUCCUCUGUGCAGAUGGGGGCUGUGGAUCUUCUUGGAGGUGGCUUGGACAGCUUGAUGGGGGACGAGUCUGAAGGGCUGAGAAGCGAUGUAGGAGGCAGUCCUGCAAUGGGUGGCACCGGCUUUACAGCUCCCAGCGCAGUGAUGCCUGCAAACCUCGGGCCACCCCCCAGUGGUGGCUUGGGAGACCUCUUUGAUCUGGCUGGUGGAGUGGGCACACUGUCAGGAUCCCACGUAGCACCCAAAACAGUCUGGCUCCCAGCCAUGAAGGCCAAGGGCCUGGAGAUUUCUGGCACGUUCAGCCGCCAGGUGGGCGCCAUCUCCAUGGAUCUCUUACUAACUAACAAGGCCUUGCAGGUCAUGUCUGACUUUGCCAUCCAGUUCAACCGUAACAGCUUCGGCCUGGCGCCAGCUGCUCCUCUUCAGAUCCAUGCCCCUCUUGCUCCCAACCAGACUGUGGAGAUCUCCCUCCCUCUGAACACAGUUGGCUCUGUCAUGAAGAUGGAUCCUCUUAACAACCUCCAGGUUGCAGUGAAGAACAACAUUGAUGUGUUCUACUUCAGCACCUUGUACCCACUGCAUAUCCUCUUUGUGGAAGAUGGGAAGAUGGAGCGGCAGAUGUUCCUGGCCACCUGGAAGGACAUUCCAAAUGAGAAUGAAGCCCAGUUCCAGAUCAAAGAUUGUCCUCUCAGUGCAGAUGCUGUUAGCAGCAAGCUUCAAGGCAGCAACAUCUUCACCGUAGCCAAGAGGAACGUAGAGGGCCAAGACAUGCUGUACCAGUCUCUCAAACUGACCAAUGGGAUCUGGGUCCUGGCAGAGCUACGAAUCCAACCCGGCAGUCCUAGUUUCACGCUGUCUCUGAAGUGCCGAGCGCCCGAGGUAUCCCAGUAUGUUUACCAAGCAUAUGAAACCAUUCUGAAGAACUGAGGCACCCACCUCAUCCUCCUCUCUCUCCUCCCGCAUCCCAAAUGAGGAAAUGGGGACCAGAACCUGUGUGCAUGUUUCCUCUUGACCUUGGAAGGAACAAAUGCAAGAUCAAGAUACUCUGGAAACUUCAAACUGGCGCCCCCCUGAUGCUGAAAAUGGUGUGAGCGGCAGAGCCUAACAUUCCAUCUUCAGCUCUUUGGGGAUGGGGUGGGAGGAGAGGGGGGCAGGGGGAGGGAUCUUGUUGCGAUUCAAUGCAUCAGUGUAGAAUUCUUUCAUGUGAAGUAAUGCAGUGUCCUCUUUGCUGACGUUGCCCCUUUUAAGAGCCCUGUUUUUUGCCCUUGUACUCUUACUGAAAUUAAGAGAGCGUGCGUGAGAAUCUGGGUGGGAAGGCAGUGCCCAUUGAGUCUCAUUACUAUCUUCAAAUCCAUUUCCCCUGACCUUCCCAGCCAAAUAAAUGAAUCAACACUUUGGUGCUUAAAUAUGGCUUGUGCUACAUCGCCAAGCCCAGCCCUGGGAAGACAGCAGUGAUGGGUCUCUUGCAUUUAAACACGUGUUGUCUGGUGAAGAAUUCAUCGCUAAUAACCCCUCUUCUGAUGGGACAGCUAUGCUGAAGCACCGCUUCUUCCUCCUCCUCUCAUGGUGACCUGUUACUUGAGGUGGAUUUGCUUCCAGUCCUGCUUGCUUCUGGAUUUUUCCAUCACUUGUGCUGAUUUGUGCUUAAUGUGCCUCUGAGCCUCCCUUAUUUCUAGGAGUGGACAAUAAAAAGGGACUCUUUGCUGAAGCUUGGCACAAGGUCUCAGCGGGGGGGGAUUGUGGGAAUUUGGGGGGCUGGGGGAGGUGUAACAGGAGUUGGAAAUGAUUUGGGGCUCUGCCUCUGCAGAUCAAGUUGUUCUGUAACUUGCCGAAAGCUUUGUGUCUGCAGAGUGGACAGCUUUGAAGGCAGCUAGCUAAUGAUGAAUUGAUGCCUUGAGUAUUUUUUUCAAGGUGGCAAAUCUCCAUUUAGAGCUCUCCUUCCCCCUUUGAAAUGUAACUGACCAAGGCACUUGCUUUUCUUUGUUCUGCGGAUACAAGCUCCAUUCCCUUCCCCUGCAAGCCCUCAGGUUCUAUAAGGGAUAGUGCAGUUCCAGACCUGGAACAGAGAUCUCAGUAGAGGUCAUCUCUUCCUUUAAAAGGCUAGUUUGAGUUUACCCCCAAACACUGAGGUACCCUUAAGGAGAGGGUUUGAUCUCUUCCUAGGCUGUAGGGGGUUAGUAGGAGUAAUCUGUCUUGGAACAGAAUAGCCCCUUUUCUUGCGCUGCAAACCCUCCAUUCAGCGUGUAUUUCCUCAGUCUGGUUGGGAUUGUCAAAGAGCCUAGGGGGCUAAGUACCAUUGGAAGUCACAGCCUGUACCCACAACUGCUAUGAAGAGGGCUGUUACCAUCUCUGGGGGACAUAAUGCACACUCAGAAUUAACACAAGGAAGGACAAAAUACUCAUUGUUAGUAUUAAGGCCACGGUGACUCCAUAGGAGAUGGCUCUGAAGACUAAUAAGGGAUGUACCAAAUCAUAUGCCAAUAUUCAUUAUAAUCCUCCCAUCACCAUGGGAUGCCGGUCCUUGAAUUGAGCUUUCCAGGAAGGAGUUUCCUCAUGUUUGACUGGUUUGCUAACUGCCCUGGGACACAUCGGGCUUCCGUUGCUGUCGCUGUGAGGCUCCCCCUCCAGUGUUUGUGCUGUUCCGAUUCCUUAACCACAACAGCAGAUGUGAUCAGCCAUCCGAACAGACUCCCUCCCCAUCACUGUUUCCAGUAUAGGUUUUGAUGGGUCAGGGGAGUGGGUGGCAUCUGGAAUGUUUGUGCCUUUAGGGCCCAUGUAACUCUCCUGUGCUCAUCAGCUACGGCAAUCCCAGCAGAAGUGGGGCGCGGCUGUUUCUCUGCUGAGCAUUUAAGGCUUUUCCUAUUUGUUGCUUCUGUAGGGGGGAGGGAGGGGCAGGGGUUCUGCCUUUGGAUCAGUGACACUAAUGUUCUUUCCCCCUCCAGAAAUAAUAAUAAAAGCAAUUGACCACCCUUAAAUAGAAGUGUUUGGUGCGAGUUUUCAGAUCCCUACAGUAAAUAUAUAUAGCUCGUAUGUUUACUUGUGUUUUAAAAGAGGUAACAUUGAAUAAAGGUGACAUCUUCCCAUCAAUCUGCUCUGUGCAGAGGAUGGGGACAGGGACAUAGAUGGCUCUGAGUGACAGAUGCUCCUUCUAUGCUGGUUUCUAAUGCUUGGUUGCUAAAUUGCCUUGCCACUUGGACACACUUCUUCCACCUCUGGCAUCAGUUCAGCCCUUUCCCCUUAGUUUAUUGCUGAUGUUCAGUCAUGUGGCCUGCAGGGGAGGAACGAGAGCAGGGUUCAUACAGGUGCAUUUCCCCACUGCAGGACCCCAAAAGGCUUGUUUGUUAACUAAGUGGCAGCCAAGGAUUCCAGCAGCUUGAGCUUCCUCAGGCUAUGUCUACACUACAGCUGGAUCGAUGCACUGGGGGGGUCAAUUUAGCAGGUCUACUGAAGACCCACCAAAUGGACCACAGAUCGCUCUCUGGUCAACUCCGGUACUCCACCCUGAACGAGAAGAGUAAGAUAAGUCGAUGGGGGAGAGUCUCCUGUCGACCCAGCGCGGUGUAGACACCGCAGUAAGUCAACCUACGUUAUUGACAUAGAGUAGUGUAACUUAGGUCGAUUUACUGCAGUAGUGUAGACAUAGCCUCAGUGUGGUGUCUGGGCCAGCCCAAGAUAUUGGCCAGCAGGAGCUAUUGAAACUUGAUCAGUACUUUCCGCUCAGAGCAGAGAUCACAGGGUGUUUUAUGUAUCUGAACCUGCUGAAGACUAGCUGAUCACAUCACUCCGCACUGGCUGGCCACAGCUGGUGUCGCCCAUAUGGCCGCAGCUCAGGUGGUCAUUGAUAUCCAGACCACCACCCCCGUCAGCCACUUACCUGAAAAUCCACCCCUCUUUCCAUUACUGCAGCCUUGGACACCUGCUAUCAUUGCUUUUCAGUCUGUCUUUGAACUUCCUUCUGCUUGAAAGCUUGUGGAGGAGUAUAGACAGCAAUAAUCUCACCAUUGAAUAGAGCAGGAGCCGAUGCAACACACCCUUCUGAACACAAGAGGGAGCCCAGAAAUGGAGUAGAGGAGAGAGUAAGCUGGGGAAAACUGUUCCAUUCCUCCUGUCCUAUUCUCAGGUAUGUACUGCAUUUACUCCUGUUCUCAACUCCAAGUUGAAGUGGAAUCCCUUUCCCAGCCUCUGCUGCAUCUCCAGGGGAGUAAAAGCUUUUAUACAGAUAUGGGCUUUCUGGCCCCAUGUGGUUGGGUUGGAAAGAAUGGGGGAAGGUCUGGACUGCCAUAGUCCUGCCCACUUUCUCUCCCUGUCCCCAGUGCUAUGUGUAGAAUAUGUAAAUGCUAAGGGUAAUAUCGAAGUCCCUUUGAAAUCAAUUGGGAGUUUUCCCGUUCACCUCAGUGGGGUCAGGAUUUUACUAUGUGACUACCAGUAGAUAAGCAGUCUCCUGUCCUGGUGUAGUGUGAGAGUGGAUAGGGAAAGGUCUGCAACGGUCACUUACUCUCUGCAUUGGUAGACUGAGCAUCAGCUGUCGAUAACCCAGUGGAGUAGAAAGAGCUACGGCUGCAGUGGAGCUGGCAUGUGCUACUUUAGCUGAGCUAUGAGCUGGGGAUCGCUGAGGUCUCGUAAUCUUCCUUGCGCCUAUGGAAGCCAGCUCUCUCUACAUCCCUGGAAGGAAGAAGAAGCUGUAAAACGGUUGAGUGGAGCACAGUAGACACUUAGGUCAGGAUUGUGUGUUGUGGACCAGUGGCCUCUGUCUCAGUUACAAGAUUGUUGCUGAAGAUUUCAUUCUGUACUGAACCUGCUGAGUAGAGGAGUUUGUCACUGGCCAUGGGACCCAUCUCUUCUGCUGUGUCCAUAAUGCUUUGGCUUCCCCUUUGUCCACACGAGCAGGACAAGAGGGGAUUUGAUUUAGUUGACUAGUUUUUUGGUGGUUGUAGCAAUCAUUUGAAGUACACAGUGUUCAAAAGUAUGCUGCUCAGAUCCCAGUGUUAAAGAUCAACCUGCUCCUGGCCCUCUGAUCGUCUCGCCUGCGUGGGGAGCCGAAGGACAGGCCUUUUCCAAUAGCUGGCACUUACCGCACUCUUCAUCCCAAUAACACAAGACUUUCCCAAAGGGGGUAAGUAGUGCUGCUUUCGCUUCCUCUCCCCCCUCAAACACAGCACCUCCAACACUGGGAUAGAGACACAGAGGUGAAGUGACUUACAGUGAUCACCCAGCAAGCCCCUUCCUAGUCCCCUGCUCUAACUAUUAGACCUAUCGGGAUAAAACUAUUAUUGAAAUACCUGUUGGCUUAUUCUGUUUGCUGCACUGGCUGAGGCCUAAUGGCUCACCAAUCCCUUCCUCUGCCAGUGAGCAAAGAUUAAUCCAGUGAGCUGGUCUCUACUGUACCUGGGCUGGAGCUGGCACUGUCUGUCAUGCAGAUCACUGCUCUCUGAUCUGUGCAGUGACUGGCUCUUCUUAACCAUAAUGGAGUUGGACAAAUCCCUUCUCCCUGGCCUACUCCUUUCACAGCUCCUCAUCUCCAUGCCCAGUCUGACCUAGCUGCCAUAGAUUCUAGGACUGGAAGGGACCUCGAGAGGCCAUCGAGUCCAGUCCCCUGCCCUCAUGGCAGGAUCAAAUACUGUCGAGACCAUCCCUGAUAGACAUUUAUCUAACCUACUCUUAAAUAUCUCCAGAGAUGGAGAUUCCACAACCUCCCUCGGCAAUUUGUUCCAGUGUUUAACCACCCUGACAGUUAGGAACUUUUUCCUAAUGUCCAACCUAAACCUCCCUUGCUGCAGUUUAAACCCAUUGUUUCUGGUUCUAUCCUUCGAGACUAAGGUGAACAAGUUUUCUCCCUCCUCCUUAUGACACCCUUUUAGAUACCUGAAAACUGCUAUCAUGUCCCCUCUGUCUUCUCUUUUUCAAACUAAACAAACCCAAUUCUUCCAGCCUUCCUUCAUAGGUCAUGUUCUCAAGACCUUUAAUCAUUCUUGUUGCUCUUCUCUGGACCCUCUCCAAUUUCUCCACAUCUUUCUUGAAAUGCGGUGCCCAGAACUGGACGCAGUACUCCAGCUGAGGCCUAACCAGAGCAGAGCGGAAGAAUGACUUCUCGUGUCUUGCUCACAACACACCUGUUAAUACAUCCCAGAAUCACGUUUGCUUUUUUUGCUACAGCAUCACACUGUUGACUCGUAUUUAGCUUGUAGUCCACUAUAACCCCUGGAUCCCUUUCUGCCGUACUCGUUCCUAGACAGUCUCUUCCCAUUCUGUAUGUGUGAAACUGAUUUUUCUUUCCUAAGUGGAGUACUUUGCAUUUGUCUUUAUUAAACUUCAUCCUGUUUACCUCA